CGGCGGCGGCGGCGAGGCGAGGCAAGGCGAGGCGGCGAGGCGGCGGCGGACGGUGUGCGGCGGGACCGGCGGAGGGUGGAGGUGUGAGGGCGCCGAGGGACCUGAGGGGGAGCCGGGCCGGUGGGGCCGCCGCCGCCGCCAUGCAGGAAAUCAUCGCCAGCGUGGACCACAUCAAGUUCGACUUGGAGAUCGCGGUGGAGCAGCAGCUCGGGGCGCAGCCGCUGCCCUUCCCCGGCAUGGACAAGUCGGGGGCUGCUGUCUGCGAGUUCUUUUUGAAAGCUGCCUGUGGCAAAGGGGGCAUGUGCCCAUUCCGCCACAUCAGUGGCGAGAAGACAGUUGUGUGCAAACACUGGCUGCGGGGGCUAUGCAAGAAGGGGGACCAGUGCGAGUUCCUGCACGAGUACGACAUGACCAAGAUGCCUGAGUGCUACUUUUAUUCGAAGUUUGGGGAAUGUAGCAACAAGGAGUGUCCCUUCCUGCACAUCGACCCCGAGUCCAAGAUCAAGGACUGCCCUUGGUACGACCGAGGCUUCUGCAAGCAUGGUCCCCUUUGCAGGCACCGGCACACGCGGAGAGUCAUCUGCGUGAAUUACCUUGUGGGAUUCUGCCCCGAGGGGCCCUCGUGUAAAUUCAUGCACCCUCGAUUUGAACUGCCGAUGGGAACUACCGAGCAGCCCCCACUGCCGCAGCAGACGCAGCCUCCAACAAAGCAAAGUAACAAUCCGCCAUUACAAAGGUCGUCCUCCUUGAUCCAGUUAACGAGUCAGAACUCUUCUCCCAAUCAGCAGAGAGCCCCACAGGUCAUCGGGGUCAUGCAGAGUCAAAACAGCAGCGCAGGCAACCGGGGACCCCGGCCGCUGGAGCAGGUCACCUGUUACAAGUUCCCUCCUGCUUUCUGAGGAGUAACGGGAACGAAGGAAGAGAAGCUAAGGAAGGGCCAGGAUAAUCAGAGCCAAGAGAAGUCAGGGUUGGUGCUAGGUUUUUGAGAGGUGAUUCUACAGGUCUGUUCACCCAAGUCUAAUCGACGCCCCGUCUCUCUGAUCCUGUGACCAAAACCUGUCCCCAGGGGUAGCUUAGGCAGGUGUGCAAGAGCCAGGAGGGAAAGCUCUGGGUGCAGCCCACCCUCAGUGUCCACAGCAAUGAAUCCCUGAGUUGGGGUAGGAGCCAGGUGGCUUCUCUUGUGUUGUUCCAUCCCCCGUCUCCAGGGAGUCCCAGAACGGUGCCUCAGAGGUGAGUGACUGGCCAGCUGUGCAGAAGGGUUGGUCUCUGGACAGGCGGGGCAGUCUGAUGCCAUGGGCUCCUCUUCACCCUGUCACCCACGGUGAGAGCCCUUCCGUGGGCAGGCCCCGUGUUGGAGAUGGGCCCACUCGAAGCAGCUCCUGCUGUGCGCUCUCAGAUCCUCCUCUCGCCCCGGCAGUCUCUCUUCCAUCUGCUGAGUUGCUGGCUGCAGUUUCUGCACCACUGUACCUUCCGGAGCUCCCCUUCCCUCGGGUGUGAGACAACAUCUGUCCCAGUGAGAAUGUCAGAGUCCCCGUCCCCAACCUGGUAUUCGGUGGGUGCUGCCUUAGUUGAAAAUUGCAUUUGAAAACGGUGUUUUUGUCUCCUCCUUCCCUUCUGCUGUUCCCAGUGUGGUGAAAAAGGACACUACGCCAACAGAUGCACCAAAGGGCACUUGGCCUUUCUCAGUGGACAGUGACAGCAGCUGGAGGCAGCUCAGAGCAGCCCGAGGGGCCCUGUUGUUGGAGACAACUCUGGGUCAUCCUUGGGAGCGUGCAUUUAACUGUUUAAUGCCAGCGUUGGUGCAACUCUGGCUAGAGCUGGCAGGCAGGCAUGCUGGGUUCAUCCUUCUGAGGGGCCACGUCUGUCAGUUUCCCUAUCAUUUUGCUGUAAUCUUUUUUUAAAACGGGGACGUAUGUUCCAGUUUGGUCCCUCAGGUCAGCAUCAUGUUUGUCUAGGCAUCAAGGCCUCCUGGCUGGGACUCCUUGCACACUGCCCUCUGAGGAGGGGAGGAGGCAGGGGCAGGGCUUGUGCUAAGCAGUUCUGUGUAGGAGACGGUCCUUCCCCUCAGGGUCCCAUUAAACACCGGUUCUUGGUGACCCCAGGGGCUGGUGGGUCAUUUAAAGCUGCCAUCAGGUCAGGCCUGCUUCCUCCAUAUCCUGCUGGAUUCCGGAGCUGUGCCUAUCAAUGUGAUUUGAAGGAGGCAGCCCUUCAGGGCAAACUCAAGGGCGCUUGUUGCCUUGGCCUGGUCCUGCUCCUGCUCCUGCUCCAAGGUGGCAGCGGCUGAGAGGCGUGCAGGCCUCUCAAGGUGAGGCUCUUUUUCCUCUGGGCUUAUUUUCUUGGGGCACCUGCUUAACAGUGUUUAAGGUAUACCUUAAGCUGGAGCUGCAGACCACCCUUUCAAUAGAUGACCCAGUCCAUCUGUGCACCUACCUCCUGCCCCAUCAAGCGUCUGUGCUGUCAUUCAGACACCUCUGGCCUUUGGAGGAGACCACCCUGCUCCUGAGCCUGGAAAUGUGAAACUGUCACCUGCAACCUGCUGGGCAAGUGGGCCUAUCCAAGUUCAAUUACAAGAACAAUUUUUAUGAAGUUGAUUAAAGCUUGUUUUUUAA